CUACCUUCCAUUUUUCCCCAACUUCUUAGAAAAAAGUUUCCAAGACAUAAAGAGUACUUUGUAUUGAACAAUAAAUAAAUAAAAGGUGAAAUACCGAUUUCAAAAAAUAGGUAAAGUGUCUUUUCCCAUUAGGCGAGACGAUCAAAUCUGAGCAAACAAGGUUGUCUUUAUAUCUAAAGAAGCAUUUUGCGAAAGAGAAGAGAGUAAAGUGACCAUGGCGUCGAAGAUUGUCUCAGCCAUAGUCUUUGUGUUCAACCUCAUUGCCUUUGGUCUCGCCGUUGCUGCUGAACAAAGAAGAAGCACUGCAAGGGUUAUGCAGGACACUGAGGUGCAAUACAACUACUGUGUGUAUGAUUCGGACAGAGCCACAGGGUAUGGAGUUGGAGCCUUUUUGUUCUCAGUGGCUAGUCAACUUCUUAUCAUGCUCGUUAGCCGCUGCUUCUGUUGUGGAAAGCCUCUCAAGCCUGGUGGUUCACGCGCUCUUGCCCUCGUUCUCUUCAUUGUCAGCUGGAUGUUCUUCUUGAUAGCGGAGAUAUGUCUAUUAGCUGGAUCCGUAGAAAAUGCAUACCACACCAAGUACAGGACAAUGUUUAUGGACAAUCCUCCUGAUUGUCAAACUCUUCGAAAGGGCGUCUUCGCUGCAGGCGCCUCUUUCGUCUUCUUCAACGCCAUUGUCUCUCAGUUCUAUUAUUUCUACUACUCCUCUGCUGCUGAGGCCUCCCUCUCGCCUUACUAGAGGAUUAACCAACAUAAUAAGUUUGUUUCUUUUCUAUGUGCUAAUAUCAUAUUUUGGGGUUGUUGUUUCAUUUUUAUGUAUGACUGCAAAAUAUGUAAAGUUGAGGGUACAACUAUGAGUUUUGUAGACUGAUUUGUAUGGAAUUGAAUUGAAAUGUUGUUUUUGCAA